UUCGAAACAUCAAAACUCAGAAAUCGUUUGUUGGUCUUCAUCUUCGUAUUUGUCUGCAGAGCUUCUCGCAUUCAUUCGUUGUUUUCCAUCGCAGCUUUCCAUCCUUUCCUCGGCUUCACUGUUGUUUUCGAUCUCUUUGCUUGCCUACUUCUUCAGUGCAAUCCCUCUCUCCUCUGUUAGCAAGAAGACUGCCUUGUCACAUUGGAGAAUUUGCGGGAGCAAAAAAAAUAGAUGGAGAAACAAAGGAGUUCAAAAUUGAAUAUCGCAAUCAUCCAUCCGGAUCUUGGUAUAGGUGGAGCGGAAAGAUUAAUUGUUGAUGCGGCUGUAGAACUUGCCUCCUGUGGACACAAUGUUCAUAUUUUUACAGCUCACCAUGACAACAACCGAUGUUUUGAGGAAACUCUUGCUGGUACCUUUCCAGUUACCGUAUAUGGCUCUUUUCUACCUCGGCACAUAUUUUACCGCCUACAUGCUGUUUGUGCAUAUAUGCGGUGUAUCUUUGUCGCUCUUUGCAUGCUGUUCCUGUGGCCAUCAUUUGAUAUCAUACUGGCAGAUCAGGUUUCUAUUGUCAUCCCAUUGUUAAAGCUUAAAAGAUCAGCAAAGGUGGUAUUUUAUUGUCAUUUUCCCGAUCUAUUACUAGCUCAACACACAACUGUUCUCCGGAGGUUAUAUAGGAAACCUAUUGACUUUGUAGAAGAAAUUACAACUGGAAUGGCAGAUAUGAUACUUGUCAAUAGCAAAUUUACUGCAUCUACCUUUGCAAAGACAUUCAAGCGUCUCCAUUCACGAGGAAUUCGCCCUGCUGUUCUUUACCCAGCUGUCAAUGUGGAUCAAUUUGACAAACCUCAUUCUUCUAAAUUAAGUUUUCUAUCCAUCAACCGCUUUGAAAGGAAAAAGAGUAUAGAGUUAGCAGUUUCAGCAUUUGCUAUGCUUCACGCCCUUGAUGGCCACACAUUUCAAAAUAAUAAUGUAGCUGAUGCCACUUUGACCAUUGCAGGUGGAUAUGAUAAACGUCUCAGAGAAAAUGUUGAAUACUUGGAGGAACUUAAAAUGUUGGCAGAAAGGGAAGGAGUGUCUCAUCGGGUUAACUUCAUCACAUCUUGCUCAACAACUGAAAGAAAUGCUCUUCUUUCCCAAUGCCUGUGCGUUAUUUAUACGCCGAAGGAUGAACACUUUGGCAUUGUCCCACUGGAGGCAAUGGCAGCAUAUAAGCCUGUUAUUGCAUGCAACAGCGGGGGUCCCGUGGAAACGGUGAUAGAUGGAGUAACGGGAUUUCUUUGCGACUCUACUCCUCAAUCAUUCUCUUUAGCCAUGGCGAAAUUCAUUCAGGAUCCAGAGAUGGCAAAGAGAAUGGGUGAAGAGGCAAAGCAGCAUGUAACCGAGUCAUUUUCUACCAAGAUUUUUGGCCAGCACUUGAACAAAUACAUUGUUAAUAUUGCUAGCAACAAGGAAGACUAAGAAUCAUGAUAGCAGGUAGCAAUGGCACCAACAUUUGAAUGACUUCAUAAUCAUACAAGGUAAUUUUGACGGAAAACAACAUCUCUUGAUAAUGAUCUGUGUUUCCUCGAGCUAUUAUUGAUUUUGAUAACUGAUGUAUUAUGCAGCCAAAUCACUCCAUCUCUAAUACCUGUUCUCCUUGAGCUUUUACUUAAGAACACCCUGCUCUGCCUCUGCAUUGUUGUUAUUUUCGGUAGUGUUGAAUAUAUGUAGGCGUCUUGGAAUAGGUAGGAGACAAUUACAUGGGAUGGUGAUGAAGUGUCUGUUUUAUUUUUGAAGAUUUAUGUGGGUAAUGCGUUAACAGGUAUGCCAAGAAACUAUUAAACAUUAAUGCCACAGAUGGAUGAUACGAGGCCUCAUAUUUACACAA